AUGACUGCACUGCGGAGUUCAGACGUCGAUGAAGCGUACUUCAACGACCUGACGCAGCAACCUCCAGGUCUUAACAUUGCAGGCCCUGGCGACCAAGGCGGCACAGACGAGCGACUUGCGGAAGCGCCCAGGGCGAAGCGCAUAGCCUGUGUGAUCUGCAGGAAGCGGAAACUUCGAUGCGACGGAGUAAAACCGUCAUGUGGGUCUUGCUCGCGACUUGCACAUGACUGCGCAUACGACGAGGUGCGGAAGAAGAGCGGACCGAAGAGAGGUUAUGUGAAGUUGCUAGAAGCUCGACUUGCCCAAGUGGAAUCUUUGCUCUCGAAAACCCAGGAAGAAUCGGCUGAUGCACCGAACGGCAAUACAGCUGCCCAAGAUGUAACGACUUUUGAUGACGAUGUUAACUAUCUCGACAGCGCACUUGGCCAGACAGAACAGCAGUUUCCAGAUCAGCGGGAAGUUCAUUACAUUCCUGAUUUGCGGUCUUUUGGAGCCGUUCCCAAAGUCGCUCACGAUGGUGGGUUACAGCUGCCUAUCGCUGAGACGCCGUCAUGGGAUAUGAUCGCUUUGGGGCUGGAUGAGCCUCUGCCUGCUCAGAACAUCAUAGACGACCUCAACAACAUUUUCUUCGAGCGAGUCUACCCGACGAUGGCUAUGAUACAUCGACCGCGUUACUACAUGGCCAUGAGUCUAGCACCUCACAUGCGACCGGCAACUUGUCUUCGCUAUGCUAUGUGGGCUAGUGCUGCGUUGGUCACAGAUGGAUACCGAACAUUAGCGGAACCUUUCUACAUUCGUGCUCGCAAGUAUCUUGAGCGGGACGAAAUGAAGGGUCGUGGCGAAGGCAUGGCCCUGCUCGCGCACUGCCAAACAUGGGCCCUGGUGGCCACAUAUGAAUACAAAAACAUGCUAUUCCCCCGAGCGUGGUUGUCAGUGGGCAGAGCAUGUCGGUUGACUUCGAUGCUGAGUCUGAAUCGUCUCGAUGGAGCCGGGCCUGAAGUGAGACAGUGUCUUCCCCCGGCCAGAGAUGAAACGGAGCUGGAAGAGCGCAGACGGACGUUCUGGGUGUGCUUCGGUGCAGACAGAUUUGCGAGUGUCGGAACUGGCUGGCCAAUGUCAAUCGACGAGGCUGACAUCACCACGAAGCUUCCAGGAGACGAAGCUUCAUUCGAGGCCGGUGUUCCGGCCGAGUCCAUCACUUUGGCGGCAGCUUUCGACUCUGGUGGUUCGACCAGACUGUCUAGUGGUGCUGCUGUCUUGGUGCUUACUUGCCUUUUCGGGAGGAACAUGAACCACAUCUUCCGACCAGGAUCGAAUGAUAAAGAUAAGAAUCCAAACGGAGAUUUCUGGACUCGACACACGAACAUGGACAAUUUAUUAUCGACCAUGACGCUGAUGUUGCCAGAUCAAUUACGAAUCCCAGCAGGUCUGAACGAUCCUAAUGUAAUAUUUCUAAAUUUGGGUCUUCACACGGCUGCCAUUUGCAUCCACCAGGCCAACAUCUCCAGGGAGGAACGUAGUAAAUCGUCCUCCAGAAUGGCUUCGGGAAGCAGGGCCCGCUGUCUUACCGCAGCGACAGAGGUUGCUAACAUUAUGCGCCAGAUUUGCCAUCUGGACUUUUCAAAUAUGAACGGCUUUGUCCCUUUCUUUCUAUUCACGGCAGCCCGUGUUUUCGUUCACCAUCUGAAGACCAAGCCUAAUGAUGUCCAACCCCGAGGCUCGCUCAAAUUUUUGAUCUCGGCAUUGCAGGUUUUCAAGCGAAAAAAUCCUCUGGCAGAAACCUUUCUCGUCCACAUCGAAUUCGAGCUUAUGGGCUCGGGUCUCGAGGACCUUCGCAUAUAUCGCGACAACGAAGCAGGCGAGACUGCUCUGUCCCUGGCCCAGGCGAUCCAUCGAAGUUCAACAGAGGUAUACCUCCCAGGUCAUGAAACGGAUCCGUGCGGACCAAUACCUUUCCCAGUUCCGUCCACCAGCAACGACAAAGGCGCUGAAGAGACCCUUGGAUCCCACCAGUCGAAUCAGAUCAGAUCAGAAUUGCCCUCUAGACAACGAAGUCUGGAUUCCUCUGGCAUGUAUCCUACACCUGACGGGAUUGUUCAAGAGAUGGACACGAGUCCAGAUGGUAGCGGAGGUGAUCAGCGUACGCCGCCAUUCGGCUCUGGCUCGAAAGUCCAUACCGUUUCGUCGAGUUCUGUCUCGCCCAAUAGCCAAGAACCCGCGAUCAUGAUGCAAGGACACCAUUCGUUCCCUGGUCAAAACGUCGCGAUGGACCAAAACGUCGUCACAAAUGAAUCGCUUCUAGCUGCGUAUCAAGCGAUGCCCGUGGCGGCGACAGCAUAUGAGCCACAGAGGUCUCUCCCGACAUGGAAAAACACCAGCACUGGUCUGGCACCCCGUGAGAUCGAUGGCUUCGCGUUCGCUAAUGCCGAAGCAUUGAACGGUAUAUCCGAUGCGGAGUGGUCGCACAUGUUGAACACUUUCGGUAGUGAGCAUGUCGACCAGCCUGCUUGA